AUGAAGACGACCUGGAAGGACAUCCCUCCGGUGCCUACUCAGCAGGAGUUUCUCGACAUCGUGCUGAGCCGUACCCAGCGCAAGCUGCCCACACAGAUUCGUGCUGGUUUCCAAAUUAGCAGAAUUCGAGCCUUCUAUACUAGAAAGGUCAAGUUUACCCAAGAGACCUUCUCCGAGAAGUUUGGUGCCAUCCUCGAAAGUUUCCCCCGUCUUCAGGACAUCCAUCCUUUUCACAAGGAUCUUCUCAACACCCUCUACGAUGCCGACCAUUUCAAGAUCGCCCUGGGCCAACUGUCCACGGCCAAGAACCUGAUCGAGACUAUCUCCAGGGACUAUGUGCGCCUGAUAAAGUACGGCCAGUCGCUCUACCAGUGCAAGCAGCUCAAGAGGGCCGCCCUCGGUCGCAUGGCCACCCUGCUUAAGCGCCUCAAGGACCCUCUCAUGUACCUGGACCAGGUCCGCCUCCACCUGGGUCGUCUGCCUUCCAUCGACCCCAACACGCGCACCCUGCUCAUCUGCGGCUACCCCAACGUCGGCAAGUCGAGCUUCCUGCGCAGCGUGACGCGCGCCGACGUCGACGUCCAGCCCUACGCCUUCACCACCAAGAGCCUGUUCGUCGGUCACUUUGACUACAAGUACCUCCGUUUCCAAGCCAUCGACACCCCCGGCAUCCUGGACCACCCCCUCGAGGAGAUGAACACCAUCGAGAUGCAGAGUAUCACGGCCAUUGCCCACCUGCGGUCCGCCAUCCUGUACUUCAUGGACCUGUCGGAGCAGUGCGGCUACACGGUGCGCGACCAGAUCAAGCUGUUCCGCAGCAUCAAGCCCCUCUUCUCCAACAAGCUCGUCUUCAUCGUCAUCAACAAGAUUGAUGUGACCCGCCCCGAGGAGUUGGACGAAGACCUCCAGCAGGACCUGCAGAGCCUUCUCAAGUCCAACGAGGUCGAGAUGCUCCAGCUGUCGUGCAACACGCAGGAGGGCGUCCAAGAGGUCAAGAACGCCGCCUGCGAGCGUCUGAUCGCCGACCGUGUCAACCAGAAGCUCAAGGCGGGCACCAACAACAGCGGCGCCCUUGGCGGACGCCUCGCCAGCGUCAUGUCGCGCAUCCACGUGGCCCAGCCCAUGGGUGGUCAGACCCUGGAGACGCACAUCCCCGAGGGCCUCAAGGGCCGCAAGAAGUACGACAAGGACGACCCGGAGCGCCGCCGCCUGGCCAGAGACGUGCAAGACGAGAACGGCGGCGCGGGCGUGUACAGUGUCGACAUGCGCGAGGAGUGGGAGCUGGCCAACCCGGAGUGGAAGCACGACGCCGUGCCCGAGCUCCUGGACGGCAAGAACGUCUACGACUUCAUCGACCCGGACAUCGACGCCAAGCUGGCCGCCCUGGAGGAGGAGGAGGAGCGCCUCGAGAAGGAGGGCUACUACGAUUCUGACUCUGACAUCGACGACGAGGAGGCAGCCGAGAUCCUCGAGAAGGCCGAGAAGAUUGAGGAGCAGAUCGCGCUGACGCGCAACGAGGCGCGCAUGAAGAAGAGGCUCAAGAACCAGGCCAUCAUCCCACGCAAGAUGCAGAGGAAGAACCUAUCCGAGCUAGACGACGCCCUCGACCGCCGCGGCCUCGACACGACCGACAUCAUGGACCGCGCCCGAAGUAAGUCGCGCCCCCGCGGCCGCUCCCUGACCAGGAGCCGCGUCGGCACCGAGGACCCCGACGCCAUGGACCUCGACGAGGCCGCCACCCCCCGAGAGCGCCUCCGCUCCAAGAGCCGCGCCGUCAGCCGCGCCCCCACCACCAGCCGUCGCGACGACGGUGUACAGGAUGAGGAGUCCCGCACCAAGGCCGACCGCAUCUUCAAGCUCCACCAGAAGAAGAUGAACCGCAUGGCUCGCCAGGGUGAAGCAGACAGGCAUACUACUGCUGCAAUUACCAAGCAUCUGGUUGUCGGCAAGCGCGGUAUGGGCAAGACAAACAGGCGAUGA